GACAUUGCGAUAACUCCGACCAUGUGGUAUAUUAGGUGGAUAAGCCGGCGGCAUUGUGUUUCAGUAUUUUGGCAUUUUCACUGAACUGGCCACACUAUUUAUCGGCUUUUUUUCGAUACAGAUCUACACGCACACUCUAAAUAGGUGACUUACAAUGGCUGAUUCGGACGAUGAGUACGACCGCAAGCGGCGUGAUAAAUUCCGUGGCGAGCGCAGCGAUAGCUAUCGACCAGAAAGGCGUGACGAGCGGCGGCCAAUAAACAGUAGCAGUGCACGCGACGAUUGGGCAGAACGCAAUCCGUUCCGUGGAGCUGCUGCGUCCAGUGGUGGUGGGGGCGGCGCACGCCAUCGCCCCGAUUAUAGCGACUACCGGGGGCCAGGACCACGCCCGCGCUAUAGCUCACCCGGCCGAGAUAUGCCGCCAGCAAAGCGCAUGCGACCCGACUGGGGCGAUAGUGAAAUGCGCCCCAAUCACCGAUUUGGUGGCUACGAUCCCUAUCUCAUGCAGGCUUGGAACGAUCAUUACCAGUCGCUGCAAUCAGCAUAUCCUCAUCCUGGACAUGGCCCACCAUCGCGCGAUACGGCUGGAAGCAACAGCGAUACACUAACACAGCCGGCUAUGCUGUCGCUAAAACAGUUUUUGGACACCCAGGAUGAGGGCAUUUCAGACUCGGAAGUGAUGCGCAAGUACACCGAAUACAAGACAGACUUUAAGCGCCAGCAGCUGAAUGAGUUCUUUGUGGCGCACAAGGACGAGGAAUGGUUCAAAAACAAAUAUCAUCCCGAAGACAGUUUGCGACGAAGCGAGGAACAGCGCGGCUUUUUAAAGAAACGCACCGAAGUAUUUGUAGAACUUCUGGAAAACGGCACCAUUGACAAUGUGAAGGUCGACUCCUCACAGGGCGAAGCAUUGGUCCGUGUGUUGGACGUUUGUGUGAUCAAACUAGAAGGUGGAACUGAUGAGGAUCUUAAAGUUCUUGAUGAAAAACCCAAGGAGCCGCUGGUGUACGAGCGUAAAACAGAACCCGCUGAGCCGCAAAUCAAGCCCAAAGAAGAGCGCACCAAAAAAGACAGCAUAGAGAAUGACAAAGAUUUUUCUAAACCUUUGUCACCUCAUUUAAAUCCAGUUCCAAUGGGAUCCGAUGAGGAAAAUUGGGAUGACGAUGUGCCGGCGCCGACCAAAAACCAGACAAAGGAGCAGGACAACCUCAUUGAUGAUAAAGCUGAGUCGACGAAGGGAGACGAUGGCAGUGGCACAGAAAGCACCAAAGAUAUAAAAAGAAAGAAGACCAAGAAACGCAAGCGCAAAAGUUCCAAUGAUGAUAGCGUAUCCUCUUCUGAUUCAGAUUCCAAUAUAAGUUCCGAUGAUGAAGAAGACGAGCAAAAACUCAAAGACAAGUACGAUGUGGAGGAUGGACUUAGAGCAGAACAAAAGGCAGAGAUGGAAAAGGAUAGAGCUGACAUAAAACCCGUGCCUAAAGAUGUAGAUGAAGAAACGGCCAAGGAGACCACAAAAUCAAUGGAUACUGCUAAAGCUGACAUAAAAAGCGACUUAGGCGAAAACAGCACUGAAACCGAAGUCAUAACAGAGGGAGAAAAGGAUGCAAAAGAAGAGAAUCAAAUGGACACAAAUGAACAGACAGACAAUACGGAGUCUGCCAAAUCAGAAACUAACGAGACUUCUGCCGAUGAACCGCCAAAGUCGACCAACAACGACGAAAACGAACCAAUCGACGUCGACAAGCUAAAAGAUGGCCCACAUCCUCGUGCGUUGCAUCGCACCUCGUCCAUCUUUCUUCGAAACUUGGCGCCUUCGAUUACCAAGGCAGAAAUCGAGGCGAUCUGCACGCGCUUCGCCGGCUACCUCCGAGUUGCUAUUGCGGACCCAUUAGUGGAGCGUCGUUGGUACCGACGUGGUUGGAUUACGUUUACGCGUGAUGUUAACAUUAAGGAGAUUUGCUGGAGCCUGAACAAUCAGCGUUUACGUGACUGCGAAAUGGGGGCCAUUGUCAACCGCGAUCUGAGCCGUCGUGUUCGUCCAGCCAAUGGAAUUACGGCCCAUAAACAAGUUGUGCGUGCCGACAUUAAACUAUGCGCGAAGAUAGCCAUGAAUUUGGACGAGCGCUUCAAGUUGUGGAGCGAUCCAGCCGCGGAAGAUACAACGACGCAGACUAUUGUAGGUGAAAGUGCAAAGAACGGCAGUAACGUCGCUGGCAGUGCAAGGUAUGGCUUUAACACCAAGAAUCCAGUUCUGCAAAAUAUUACGGACUACUUGAUCGAAGAGGCGUCGGCCGAGGAAGAAGAGCUGCUUGGUCUGGCGGGCGACAGCAAAGAUGCGGAGGGCGAGCCCAUUGAGCGCGACGAGCAGCUGCUAGCUGUGCUCGAUCGGUUGGUGCUCUACUUGCGCAUCGUGCAUUCUGUGGACUACUAUAAUCAUUGCGAAUAUCCCUACGAGGACGAGAUGCCUAAUCGCUGUGGUAUCAUUCAUGCCCGCGGGCCCGCGCCCCUUCGGGUGACCAACAACGAUGUGCAGGAGUACAAUAAAGCGUACGAAGGAAAACUGCAGCAAUUUUUGACCAAGAUUGUGUUGCUCAGCGACGAUGAGAUCAAGGAUCUGGGCUCCAAAGAUGCCGAAACCGAGGUUGAAAAGUUCGUGCAGGCCAAUACCCAGGAGCUGGCAAAAGACAAGUGGCUUUGUCCACUGUCGGGCAAGAAAUUUAAGGGACCCGAGUUUAUACGCAAGCACAUUUUUAACAAGCAUGAGGAGAAGGUGGACGAGGUUCGUAAGGAAGUGCAAUAUUUCAAUAACUAUUUGCGCGAUCCCAAGCGCCCACAGCUGCCAGAACAUCCUGGCACAACGAAACGCCCCGAAGCAGAUGGAGUGCGAGGAGGAAGCGGUUUUCGCCCACCUAUGUAUCCUCCAUUUUCAGCCAUGCCCUAUGGCUUUGCACCACCGAUGAUGGGUGGCCGAGGUGGACGCGGUUUCGCACCAGUACGCAGAGAAUUGCCUUUGGAACAUCAACGCCGCCUUAUCGGUUACCAUGAUUUGGAUGCGCCCGCUAAUACCGAUAUGUUCGACUAAAUACAAAACACAAAACACAAUUUUUAGAAUUUCGAGCUGCAGUUUUAAAAGCAAUUCAAGCAAUGAAAAAGCAACUACAUUACAAUGACAAUUUUUGUGUACAAUAUGCCAAUUGUAUUUUGCCGAGACAAACACAUAAAGCUAUUUGGAUAAAAACAAACUGAAACACCAUUUGCUUGAUACGUUUAUAAAUAUAUCUACCAUGCAUACAUAUAAAAUAAA